AGAUGGAUCCUACAAUGCUGAAUUUGCGGAAUCUGUUUGAGCAGCUUGUACGCCGGGUGGAGAUUCUCAGCGAAGGAAAUGAACUCCAAUUCAUCCAGUUGGCAAAGGACUUUGAGGAUUUCCGUAAAAAGUGGCAGAGAACAGACCACGAACUGGGGAAGUACAAGGACCUUUUGAUGAAAGCGGAGACUGAGCGUAGUGCUUUGGACGUUAAGUUGAAGCACGCACGCAACCAGGUGGACGUGGAGAUCAAACGGAGACAGCGAGCUGAGGCUGACUGCGAAAAGCUGGAAAGACAGAUUCAGCUGAUUCGAGAGAUGCUCAUGUGUGACACAUCUGGUAGCAUUCAACUAAGCGAGGAGCAAAAAUCCGCUCUCGCUUUCCUCAACAGAGGCCAGCCAUCCAGCAGCAAUGCGGGGAACAAAAGACUGUCAACUAUUGAUGAAUCUGGUUCCAUUUUAUCAGAUAUCAGCUUUGACAAGACUGAUGAAUCACUGGAAUGGGACUCUUCCUUGGUAAAAACUUUUAAACUGAAGAAGAGAGAAAAGAGGCGUUCUAAUAGCCGACAGUUCAUUGAUGGUCCCCCUGGACCUGUAAAGAAAACACGCUCCAUUGAGUCCACAGUAGACCAGGGUAAUGAAUCCAUUGUAGCAAAAACUACAGUGACGGUUCCCAAUGAUGGUGGACCCAUUGAAGCUGUGUCUACCAUUGAGACUGUGCCGUACUGGACCAGAAGCCGAAGAAAAACAGGUACUUUACAGCCCUGGAACAGUGACUCUACCUUGAGCAGCAGGGUGAUGGAAGCAAGGACUGAGACAGAUGCUUCUGGCACUCCUCAGAGCGGUGGAGGGAUGCGCCUGCAUGACUUUGUGUCUAAGACGGUUAUUAAGCCUGAAUCUUGUGUACCAUGUGGAAAGCGGAUAAAAUUCGGCAAGUUGUCUCUGAAAUGUCGAGACUGCCGCGUGGUCUCUCAUCCAGAGUGUCGGGACCGCUGUCCCCUGCCCUGCAUUCCCACACUGAUAGGAACACCUGUCAAGAUUGGAGAGGGAAUGCUGGCAGAUUAUGUGUCCCAGACAUCUCCAAUGAUCCCCUCCAUUAUUGUCCAUUGUGUAAAUGAGAUUGAGCAGAGAGGGUUGACUGAGACAGGACUGUAUCGGGUCUCAGGCUGUGACCGGACAGUGAAAGAGCUGAAAGAGAAAUUCCUCAGAGUGAAAACUGUGCCCCUUCUCAGCAAAGUGGAUGAUGUCCACGCCAUCUGCAGCCUCUUGAAAGACUUCCUUCGAAACCUCAAAGAACCCCUUCUGACCUUCCGGUUAAACAAGACCUUUAUGGAAGCAGCAGAAAUCACAGAUGAGGACAACAGCAUAGCUGCCAUGUACCAGGCUGUUGGUGAACUGCCCCAGGCCAACAGAGACACAUUAGCUUUCCUCAUGAUUCACUUGCAGAGAGUGGCUCAGAGCCCAGACACGAAAAUGGAUGUGACCAAUCUGGCGAAAGUCUUCGGCCCUACGAUAGUCGCUCAUGCUGUACCCAACCCAGAUCCAGUGGUGAUGCUACAGGAUAUCAAGCGUCAACCCAAGGUUGUAGAGCGCCUGCUCUCCCUUCCCCUGGAAUAUUGGAGUCAGUUUAUGAUGGUGGAACAAGAGAACAUCGAUCCUAUGCAUGUCAUUGAAAACUCAAAUGCCUUUUCAACACCACAGACACCAGACAUUAAAGUGAGUUUACUGGGACCCGUGACCACUCCUGAGCACCAGCUUCUCAAGACUCCUUCAUCCAGCUCCCUGUCACAGAGAGUCCGCUCCACGCUCACGAGGAACACUCCCAGGUUUGGGAGCAAAAGCAAGUCUGCCACCAACCUUGGACGACAUGGCAACUUUUUUGCUUCUCCAAUGCUGAAGUGAAGUCAUGUUUCCUGUUACCUCCCAUCAUUUCCUACAAAGAAGCAUGCCUAUACUCACUCUCUAUAUAUAUAUAUGUACAUCUCCUCUCCCCAAGUAAUGUAAUACCAACACCUUGUGCAGUGUUUGCUGGAGCUUUUGGUAGAAGAUCUUUAUGGGAUUCCUUAGAAGGGGUGAUAUGAACUUCCUUUUGAUUCUUUUGAGGUUGGGUGGAUCCCUUUGACUUAAAACCAAAUAUUGCUCAUGGAAUUACAUGUCUCUGGUAUUAUUUAGAACUAAUUUCCCUGAGCUAAUGAGAGCAGCCUCCCUCUUUGCUGAGAUUGACUUCUCUCAGGUUGGGAGGAAGGAAGGGUCUGGAAGGGUUUGGAUGAUGGCUCCUUCUGAGAACUUGAAAUUUCCCUUUCCCCCAUUAUAAAGUGAUCUUUUUCUUGGAAUCUUCUUAAAAUGGGAUAGGAGGAGAAAGGAACUAGAGAUUGAAGGAUGCUUGGCUUUAAUUUGAAUUGAUUAGGUUUUAUAGUACAUUUAUAUUUUGAUUUUUGUGGGGAGUUUUUGGAGGGGACAUACCCAGUGGUACUUGGGGACCAUUCCCAGCUCGAUGUUUGUGGGGUUAUUCCCUGACUGUGCUCUGGA